GCUCGGUGUCCGACAUCACCACUUCUCACUUUCUCUUCGGCCGGUCCCCAACUGUGUCUCCUCCUUUUCGUUUCUUCACAUACAACUUGAGAUUCCUUAUUUCACGCACAUCAUGAGUUUCCCCAGUGUGACGCCGCCACUCGGUGGUUUGGGCGGCGGCCCGAACAUGCAGGGCAUGAGUGAGCAGGAGCAGGCGAUGGUGAAGCUGAUGUACUCGGCGAUGGAGUCGUGUCCGGUGAAGACGGUGAUCUCGGGAACGAUGGGAUUCGGACUGGGAGGAGUAUUCGGACUGUUCAUGGCCAGUAUGUCCUACGACUCAACCUUCACGCCGCAAGGCAAAGCGAUCAUGGACCUCCCCUGGCGCGAACAGGUGCGGCGCGGCUUCAAGGACAUGGGCUCGCGCUCGUGGUCCUCGGCCAAGAACUUCGGUAUCGUCGGCGCGCUGUACUCCGGCACCGAGUGCUGCAUCGAGGGCCUGCGCGCCAAAAACGACCUCACCAACAGCGUCGCUGCCGGCUGCAUCACUGGUGGCAUUCUGGGCGCGAAGGCCGGCCCCCAGGCGGCUGCUGCUGGGUGUGCGGGCUUUGCGGCGUUUAGUGCGGCCAUUGAUGCUUAUAUGCGGAUGCCUUCUGAUGAGGAUUAGUUGCACCUUGGUCUAUGGGGGGUAUUGUUGGCCCGGGGCUGAAAGGGACGAUAAUCGCGGUGUGAAUGGGAGGUAGGGAGAGGAUAUCCGGGUGUUGGAUAGGACCCGGAGGCUGGCUGUACAUGUUUCAUACAUGGUUUGGCGUUAUUGUUCGUUCGGCAUAGAAUGGGUGCAUAUGGCGUUGUUUUCGGUUAUGUUGAUUUGCGUGCGUUGUCUGGUCUGGUCUAUAGACUCACUACACUCUUGUAUAGUAUUACAUCAUUUCUCAGCCGAUCCUGAGG